UUAAAAUAUCGAUUAACAUAUAAAUUACAACUAUUGCCAUCACUAUCUUUCUUUUCACAAAUUCAUCAAAAUGGCAACAAAUCGUGGUAAUCGUGCUCGCCAAACUGAAGAAGUGGAUAACACUAUUAAUUAUGUACAAUGCGAUGGAUUGGCGGCAAUGAAAAUUGUCAAGCACUGCCACGAAGAGUCCAGCAACAUGGAUUUGGCUCAAGGUGCUUUGCUCGGUCUUGUGGUGGACAAAUGUUUGGAAAUCACCAAUUGCUUCCCCUUCCCCAAGAGCGAUGACGAUUCCAUGGACGAGGAAAUGUAUCAAUUGACCAUGAUGCGCCGCUUGCGUCGCGUUAAUGUCGAUCACUUCCAUGUCGGCUGGUAUCAAAGCUCUAAUGUGGGAAAUUUCCUGUCAAUGGCAUUGCUGGAAUCGCAAUACCAUUACCAGACCAGCAUCGAAGAAUCGGUUGUGGUAAUUUAUGAUACCCAAAAGUCGGGACGUGGUUUCUUGUGUUUAAAGGCUUACCGCUUGACCCCACAAGCUAUCCAAAUGUACAAGGAUGGCGAUUUCACACCCGAAGCCUUGAGAAACAUGAAGGUCGGCUAUGAGAGUUUAUUUGUCGAAAUUCCCAUUGUUAUUAAAAACUCGCCAUUGACCAACAUUAUGAUGAGCGAAUUGUGUGAAAUGAUGCCCGAAGAACAGGGUCAUAAUUUCCUGGAUCUUGGUACCGCUUCCGUUUUGGAAAAUCACAUGCGCUGUCUGAUCGAGCGUGUCGAUGAAUUAUAUCAAGAAUCAAUUCGCUACAAUAAGUAUCAACAAGUUGUCUUCAAACAGGAAACGGAAAAACAUCGUGCUCUCACCAAACAAGCUGCCGAGAAUGCUCUGCGUGUUGCCAAGGGUGAAUCACCCAUUCCCGAGGAAGAAGUUCUUAAACAAUUCCGACCAUUGCCUGUUCCACCCAGACUCAAUGCUACCAUUACAUCGGGUCAAAUCAAUACCUAUUCACAACACAUUUCACAAUUCUGUUCCCAAUCUUUGGCUAAACUUUUCAUCACUCAAUCUUUACAAAACGCUAAGGAGUCUAAGGAAGUGGCCAAAUAAGUGUAUUUUUUCCCUCUGCAAUUAACACAUAAGCAAAAAACGCAGUAAAUUAUAAUUUCACAAUACAGAGAACUUUUUUAAAAGAAUCGUACAUUUAGUGAAGAACACAAAUAUAUAGACAAAAGAAAUCUUUAUACAAAAAGAAAAUAACGAUUUGAUUAAAGUGUUAAAACAAGAAUAA